AUGAAUGACAAAUAUUCAGUUUCAAUAACUCUUCUGGGUUUAGCAUCUCUAUUGAAAAGUGGACACUCUGUUUACUUACAUUUAAAUAGAUUCAAAUUAGAAAAUGAAAAUAUGGAGAACUUUGCUAUUCCCCAUAUGUUAGUUAUUCAAAUAAUUUUAUGUGCCUUAAUAACAAUGUAUGGAGGAAGUAAAUUAUUUCUAAAAUUUCAAAAUAUUAAAAAUGAUUCGUCACAGAAUUUCAAUAAUCAUGAUUGGGAUAAAAAUCAUACUAGACAAAAUUUCCGCCAUAGUUUUAAUAGAAAAUACUUCAUUAAAGAUUAUGUAAGGAAUUAUAUUAAUAAAGCAAUUUGA